AUGGCAAAUUCAUCAUUAUUUUUGAAUAAUACUUCUUUUCAUAAUUGGUGUAUACGAUGGACUGAACCAGUGUAUUUAUAUGGACAUGUAAUUCCAGCUAUUGCUUUAUUUAUUUUUGGUUUUACCUUUAAUCCAAUAGCAAUUUAUUAUUUUGCAACAUCGCGUAAUUUUCGUCAAACAGCAUAUUCAUAUUAUUUUUCAGCCAUUGCUACUGUUGAUUUUGUUCGUUUAAUAAUAUGGUGUCUUUUUUUAUUACUUGAUUAUAAAAUAUUUAAAUUACAUUUUCAUUCAUCUGAAUGUUCAGCACAAAUUUUUUCGGAAUCAGUUACAAGUUCAAUUAGUGCUUGGUUAACAGUUUCAUUAGCUGUUGAACGGUGUGUAGCUGUAUCUAAACCACUUCAAACAUACACUGAUAGAAAAGGCAAACGUGCUCUUAUUAUUAUACCUAGUGUUAUUUUGGCAUCAUGUGCAAUUAAUUCACUUUUUCUACGGUCAGGAUUCUAUGAAAAAAGAGUGUAUGUAAAAGAAACUCGUACAAUAAUAUGUUAUUAUUAUACAUCAUCAAUGAGCAAUCUAACUAAAAAUGAUAAUAUAUUGAUAUUAACACCAAAUAUCAAACGAAUGUAUUUAUUAUUUAUAGUUAUAAUUCGUGUUGUUAUUCCAUUCAUGUUACUUCUUACAGCAAAUAUCAUACUUCUUGCAAGUGUACGUAAAAAUGAAAAACAAUUAACAAGAUGGACAAGAAGAGAAACAGUUCGUCAUGGUCGUUUUCCACAAAUAACACCAAUGAUAUUAUUUUCAUCAUGUAUUCUUUUAUUAACAAUAUCACCUCGAUAUCUACUUCAAUUUUAUGUAAAUUUUUUUCAAGUACCUUUCAAUUGUUCAUUAAUACAUUUUGCUCCACAUUUAUUAAAAACACUUGAAUUAUUUAAUUAUUCAUUCAAUGUAUUUGUAUCUGUUAUUAGUGGUCCACAAGCUCGACGUGAAUUACUUAGUAUGUUAUCAUGUCGAUCAAAAACUUUAAAAUCACCAUGGAAGAGAUCAUUAACACAUAAUUCAUACACUAUAUCUAAUAGCCGGCAUCAACACCGAUCAAGACAUAUUACUCAUGAUCAAAUCAAUCUAACUAAUGUAUCACUUCUUCCUAAUAAUAUUCAUUUUGAUUAA